UGUCAACACAGAUAGUGUAAGAGGCAGCAUGAGCGCUGGACUUUUGUCUUGAUGUUUUAAUGCUGCCUGAAAGUAUUCAGAACAAAUGGCAGCACAACAUGCCAAGCCCAACUUCAGCCAGCCUCAGGUGUCUGAAAUGGUGAAGAGGCUUUUCCAGCUGACUGCAUCUGAAGUUCGCCCCCUACCCAGCUAUGAUGACCAGAACUUUUAUGUGGCGCCCAGAGAGGGUGGCGAGUAUGUCCUCAAGAUAAUGAACUCCGAGGACAGCAAGAACCCCACAAUCAUUGAGGUGCAGACACAUGCCAUGUCAUUCCUUCAGCAGAAUGGACUUCCUGCUCAAACAGCCGUGCCCAACAUCUCAGGACAGCUCAUGAGUCUGGAAGAAAGUGAUUGUGGUUGCGGCUGUCAGAAGUACCUGGUGCGACUCUUGACGUAUUUACCUGGGGUUACCAUUUCUAAGGUUCCUUUAACUCCGAAGCUGUUGUAUGAAACUGGCAAGAUGGCAGCUAGGAUGGACAAAAUCCUGCAGAAGAUGGAACAUCCCCAUCUCAGCAUUCUGCAGCGGGACAAGUUCAUAUGGAGUCUGUCAAAUGUAGUUCUCCUGGAAGCAUACAUUGGUGUGUUAGAUGGGGAUCCUCUUCAGGAGGUUGUGAAAUCGGUCAUUGAUGAUUAUAAGACUUCUGUGGACACCAAACGCCCCAGAUUCCGCAAGUGUAUUAAUCAUGGCGACUUCAAUGACCUCAAUGUGCUUGUGCAACCUGAUGACAGUGAUGGCUACACAAUUUCUGGAAUCCUUGACUUUGGGGACAUGAACAGUGGCUACUAUAUCCAUGAGCUUGCCAUCACUAUAAUGUACAUGAUGAUUGAGCACCCUUCGCCCGUUAAGGUGGGUGGACCAGUCCUUGCUGGCUGGGAAAGUGUUCUUCCCCUCAAUGAGGCAGAGAAAGAUUGCCUGUAUUUGCUGGUUCUGUCCCGCUUUUGCCAGUCCUUGCUUUUGGCUCGUUACUCAGUGACUUUGCACCCAGAAAAUGCAGAGUACUUAAUGAUUUCAUCCAGAAGGGGGGUCCACAUUCUCAAGCAACUCUGGGAGCUUGGAAAGGAGGAGGUGGAGAAGGUGUGGUUUCAGAGUGCUGCUCAAUUUAGUAACUAAAAGUGGGGAAUGCAAUACUUUUAUCCUUCAUACUUGGAUAUAACCAAAUAGGAAUACUUAAAUAUGCCUUAAUCAAGCUGUAUUAAGUGGGUGGAUGCUUUGUCAUAACAAUGACUGUGAAAGCUAAAGCAGUCAUUUAGCUAUCCAGGAAUUAAAAGGAGGAACUUUAAGAUUUGUUUUUACAAAUGCUUUAGAAGUAAAAUUCAUUAUUAUUAUGAUUAUUAUAAUAGUAUAAUUGACCAAGUAUUACUUUAAUUACUUUUAAAUGAUAUAAAAGAAUGAAAAUGUUGUUUAAUGUACCUGAAGUAUUCUGAGUUUAAACAGUUAAAUGAACUUUGGUAGGAAGGUGCUUAUCUGAGUGGUAGGAGGCCACUUGUGGACAUAAUUAGGUUCAUUUUAUGACUCAAGUCCAGAAAUGAUUUACUAAUACACGUCGCUGUUGUUCUUAUCAGACAUGUCAAUGUAAAACUGAAUUCUCAGUGUGUAAAUGUAUCCAUGUGCAGUAAUUGUCAAAAAGUAUAUUAUAAAAAGGAAAUAAAGUAUUUUUCCAACUUCUGCAAUGCAAGGCUUCACAACGCUUUUCUUCUACUUGGUCCUACGAAGUCAUCUCCUAAGUUUAACUUGGCUCCCAAUGUUGAUAAUUAAAACACCUUUUAUACACUUUUAUACCGUUCCUUGCAUCUCUUUUUGAGAAAUGAUGUAAUUUUCUUUCUGUGUGUACCGUAUUUAAACAUUAUAUCAACAUUCUAAUGUGAGUCAUAUGUGGUAACUCAGCUAAUUCAACCAAGAAGAGAGGAACGAUGACUUGUCUUUAAAAGAGGGGAUUUGGCCCACAGGUGUGUAUUUGAGAAAAGCUCUAAAAUCUUGCUCCAGGGAAACUACACAUGCAGUCAUCCAGAUUACUUUUAGAAAAUGGACCAUUAAACGC